AUGUCCACUAGACUCGAGCUGCCCGCUGUGGACGGGGUGAGUUUCCGUUUCAGUAAGCAGCAUCAUCGUAUGCGUUUCGCCAUCGAGAACUCGCUGAGAGUGUCCGUGGAUCCGCCAGGCGGCGAGGACUGGACUGAGGGCCUGGACCGACCUUCGUGCGUGGUGAAGCUCGUUCUCGAGAAGUCCAAGUGGAUCCAGGGUCAGCGUUGGACCAGGCGCGUCAGCGACCCCGUGCGCUCUCACGCCCCUUGUCAGCAGGCGUCCUCGAGUCGGAUGGCGCUGGCGCGGCCGCGGCCGCGGCCCCGGAGGACGCCGGCAACACCCUGA